UCAUGGCCAGAAUUAAUUUUCACAGUCGGCUCGAUCCAAUCUGUUCCACCGCGUGAGCCAUUGUCGCUAAUUAUUCGAGAAUUUAAGAAGAUCCUUCCACGGCGAUGAACUAAUAAUGAAGUAGGGUUAUCACCGAGCAUAGCCUGAUCAAAACUCGCAUUUCUUCCCCACCAUAUCGCUGUCCAUAACCAAGUCCAUCUCAGUUGACGGCCAUAAACAUUUGCACCAUCACGUCCAUCACCAAAAUCACGUUCACUUCAUCUUCGUAUAUAUUUGUAGAAUUCAUUCCAGUCCAUUGUGAUUAUUUUCACUUUCUUGAGUCUCACUGAUUUCAUCUCGCGCAUUAGCCCGCAUUCAUCUCAUCCUCGCUAUUGUUCUCGCUAUACUGCACCAACCAGUCGCACUAUAUUCUGCUUAGCUGAGGCUCCACCAGUGCACUAUCGCUUUCUCCUUUUUUCCUAUUAUCAGCUUUGUUUGCACCAAACCAACUUCUUCUGUUUGGUUUCCGUCCACAUCUCAUAGCUCAGUCUCGUAGCGAUGUUGCGGUUCAAAAACAAAUUCAAGUUCGGCUCCUCGACCCCAGUAACGCCUAACGGCUCGGAUAAGGAAGGAGUGUCGCCCGAAGUAUCACUCCAUUCCGACGGUUCUCCACGAAACUCAGUCGAUUCUCGCCGCACCAUCUCCGUCAACAACUUGGCUGACAAUGUGCUGAAGCUCUCGGUCAAUGGCACCCUGGACCUGCUGAAUUCUACAAGAAAACAAGAUCCUCCACAUGAUGACCUCCAUCUAGCUCCAGCAUCCAUCAACACCCAGCCUUCUUCGACUUCCUUGUCGACGCAAAGCACAUCUGCCGCUGCUUCGUCAAACCCUGGGCUUUUGACAGUCAAAAUCUAUAACUCCAACAACAUCGCAUUGCCCAUCAAAAUCAACAACAACAAACAGAUCUUGCACGCGUUGGCCGUUAACUCCAACAACGAAGCUAUCAGCCAACAGCUCCUCAAGAACUUGAACGCUUUGGAAAACUCACCUGCAACAAGCGAUACGUCUCCUAGACUUAACGGCAAUAGCAGCACUGGUUCUCAUGAAUAUUUACAAGGAGCUAUCGCUACCAAUUUCUUGCCCUCCAUCAUUACUAUUCCCAAUGCUGAGAAUUUGGUGAAGUCGUUGCUCUACUUAACAAUAGAGUUCGACAACAACGUCUUGGUCAUUGAACCUCAAAAGGGUACUGUAAAUCAGUCUACUUGGAACCAGGUAGUUUCUUUCGACGUGACGAAAAAGUCUUCGAAUUCCAAUUUCAACAAUGGACCCACUUCCCCCAACUCUCAUUCUCAUUCCAACGGAACGUCUUCGACGGGAUCUAACUUUCUCAACUUGAACUUGUUCAUCAGAUUGCCCAACAUGCUUAUUCCGGAUUCGGAAAAGACGUCGAAGAAACAUUUGUUCACCAACACAAGCUCUUCGGAUAGUCCUGCCAAUAUUGGCGAUUUGCUUAUCGGUACCAUCAAGUUACCAUUGAACUUGAAAUACCAUACCAAAUCCAUCCGCUUGAUGAAUCACGAGUAUUUGAAGUUCACCAAAUUCAACACUGAGCUCAACGAGGCUAUAGCCAAGGAAAUGGGCGAGAUCAUGUUAACCAUAGAGUUCAAGCCCAUCACUAAGAAACAUCUUUCCAUUGAGGAGUUUGAUCUUUUGAAAGUCAUUGGUAAAGGAUCUUUUGGAAAAGUUAUGCAAGUUGUCAAGAAAGACACUAAACAAAUCUAUGCAUUAAAGACUAUACGUAAACAGCAUAUAGUGUCGAGAAUGGAGGUGACGCAUACUUUGGCCGAGAGAACAGUUUUAGCCAGAAUCAACAACCCUUUCAUUGUUCCUUUGAAGUUCUCGUUCCAGAGUCCAGAAAAGUUGUAUUUGGUAUUAUCGUUCAUUAACGGAGGUGAAUUGUUCUGGCAUUUGCAGAGAGAAGGCAAGUUCUCUAUGGAUAGAUCCAGGUUCUACAUUGCUGAAUUGUUAACAGCAUUGGAAAGCUUACAUGAACUAAAUGUCAUUUACAGAGACUUGAAGCCAGAAAACAUCUUGUUAGAUUACCAAGGUCAUAUAGCCUUAUGCGAUUUUGGCUUGUGUAAGUUGAACAUGAGCAACGACGACAAAACCAACACAUUCUGUGGAACUCCAGAGUAUUUGGCUCCAGAGUUGUUGUUGAACCAAGGUUAUACCAGAAGUGUUGAUUGGUGGACCUUGGGAACGUUAUUGUACGAAAUGUUGACUGGUUUACCACCAUUUUAUGAUGACGAUGUUCCUACUAUGUACAGAAAGAUAUUGCAAAAUCCAUUACGGUUCCCUUCGUUCUUGGAGGGAACCGAUGCCCAGGACUUGUUGGUUAAGUUGUUACAGAAGGAUCCAAACUUGAGAAUGAACGAUGCUCAUGAGAUCAAGAACCAUCCCUUCUUCAAGGACAUCGACUGGAACAAGUUGUUGAACAAGAGCUACUUGCCUCCUUUCAAGCCAAAUGUAGAGAACUUAUUGGAUACAUCCAACUUUGACCAGGACUUCACCAACGAACAGCCACAAGACUCUGUGGUUGAUGAUUUCUUGACGGAAAGUGUUCAGAAACAGUUUGGUGGAUGGACUUACAAUGGCGAGGGAGUGUUUUAAAAUAGAAUUGAUUCACAUUGUCAUUUUAGGUAGAAUUAACAAUAAAUUAGAAAUACGAUUAAUAUAGAGCUAUUAAGGUAGAGAUUAGUGAAAAAUGGCUAUUAGACUGUUAGAAUAGCCAUAUAUGAAAAAAGUACCAGCAGACAUUUCUUGUAUUGCCUGGUUUCACUUGUUGGACUUGACGGAAAUUCUAUUCGGUUUCUUAUCUAUUAGCUGCGUCGUUGUAAGUUGCACCGCUUCGUCCUGGGAACCUCUUACCACCAGUCUUACUAUUGGGAUUCGUCUUGCCUGGUUCCAAAGGCGCACCAUGCUUGAAAUUCUCUCUUCCCUGAGGAUAGUUACCCUGGCUGAUUCUUUCUUCAUCUCUCUUUAAGUACUGCUGGUACGCUGGAUUGAGAUGCUCAGGAUUGGCACGUGUGAUGUCUACAAUUGAAGGUUUUACAUAGUACGUGUUUGGAGGUGGCCCUGAGCUUCCAAAGCCUUGUUGUGGUGGGUAGUUCUGUGGAACAGCGCUGUAUCCUCCGUUACCAUAGCCUUGUUGCAGCCAGGAUUCACUACUAUAGCCCUGCGAAUAGUCCUGCUUGGAAUCAGGCAGAAAGCUACCUUGCUGCUGGUAGUUCUGAUUAUUGUACUGUUGAUAUCCCUGCUGAUUAUAGUCUUGAUUAUAGCCCUGUUGAGUAUGCACCUGUGGGCUCUGGUUAUUUUGCUGAGGGAGUGGCUCAGGAGGACGUUGAAACUCGUUCUCACUGUAGGGGGGAGGAGCCGCAUCGUGGUAAUUAUUGUGCGAGUUAGCGGCAGCAGAACCAGAGUCCCUAGAAGCUUCAGUUGCUUCAGCCUGCUUCUGUUUUUCUGACAUUGAUGAAGUUAUGGAAUUGAAGGACUAUACUAUAGAGGCCAGAUAUU